AUGGCCAGUGUUGGUGUCAGAGUAGCUGUCUUGACGGGCCCACCCGGUUGGCCCAAUGUGAUCAGUCCAAAAGAUGCGAGUAUCCCGGAUAUAGCUGUGCUGACUGGCCCAACCAGCUGGCCCAAUGUGAUGAGUCCGGAAGAUGCCUGUAUCCCGGAUAUAGCUGUGCUGACGGGCCCAACCAGUUGGCCCAAUGUGAUCAGUCCAGAAGAUGCCAAAGAUGGGCCCAUGGGCCCACCCAGCUGGCCCAAUGUGAUCAGUCCAGAAGAUGCCUGUAUCCCGGAUACAGCUGUGUUGAUGGGCCCACCCAGCUGGCCCAAUGUGAUUAGUCCAGAAGAUGCCUGUAUCCCGGAUACAGCUGUGUUGAUGGGCCCACCCAGCUGGCCUAAUGUGAUUAGUCCAGAAGAUGCCUGUAUCCCGGAUACAGCUGUGUUGAUGGGCCCACCCAGCUGGCCCAAUGUGAUUAGUCCAGAAGAUGCCUGUAUCCCGUAUACAGCUGUGUUGAUGGGCCCACCCAGCUGGCCCAAUGUGAUCAGUCCGGAAGAUGCCUGUAUCCCAGAUCAGCUGUGUUGA